AUGCCGACUGCCGAAGAACUGCAACAGCAACUCCAAAAACAGCAAGAAACCAUCCGGAAGCUAGAGCACACUCCAGCCGGUCACAGACGUAGCGAACCCACCAGACAAAGAGAGGAGAAGCAGCUACGAAAGCUGAUAAACGAGAUGGAGCUAGGGGACCGACAACCAUCCCAGUUAUUCCGCGAAAUGAAGGCACUCGCGGGGCAGCAGAUGAAUAGCGAAGUCGUAAAAACGCUCUGGCUACAGCGACUUCCACCACAUGUCCAACUCGUGCUGUCUGCGAGCGAGGGAGUACCGCUGGAAAAGAUGGCAGAAAUCGCGGACAAAUUGGCGGAAAUACACAGAAGCAACGCUAUGGCUUCCAGUAUCAACGCGAUAGGCGCCACCAGCGACACGACGCGGCAGAACACCAUCGUACCAACGCAGGAAACUAACCUCAUUACGGUAAUUGCAGACCUCCAGAAACAGAUGGCGGCCUUAUCGGUAGCCGUAACUCAUCUAACCAACACGAGAGGGCGCAGUCCACAAGCACGGCAAAAUGACAGCCGAAAUCGGUCAAGGACACACAGCAGGCAACGCACGGAUCAAAAUGGCGUUUGUUAUUACCACGCCAAGUUCGGUGUAAACGCUCGAAAGUGUUUCAAACCCUGCACGUUUGUACAGACGGAAAACUAG